AUGCAGAAGUCGGCUGCCACGGACACCGCCGACUUGGCGUCGCUCCCGCCGGACGAGUUGUCGGAGUUCGCGCCGGUUGGCCGAGUGGAGUCGACGCUCAUCGACGCCGACGAGGAGCUUCUCCGCACCGCCGGCGUCGCGACGCUGGAGGCGGACCGCUCGCAGCGGGAGGUGGACCGCUGGCGCCUCGAGGCGAGCGCGCAGCUGCACCGCCUCACAAAGCUGCGGCGCGACAAGGCACUUCUCGCAGAGGAGAUAGCGAGGCUUGAGAGGAGCCUGGGGGAGGCGAGGGCCGCCGCGGCUGCGCCUGCCCUUGGGCCUGGCGCAGCCUCCCCGCCCCGCCCUCCGCAGGGCGGACUGGGCGACGCAGGCGACGAUGGACUCCGCGUCAUGCAGGGGACCUUCACGCCGCAAACGCGCGGGAGCGGUGGGGCGGCGGCGGCGGCGGCGGAUGUUGAGCUGCGCUACCUCAUCAGCCGCGCCAUUGCGUCACUGGACUCCAUCCAGGCCGAUAUUACCGCCCUGCGGCAGCAGCACGCUGACUUGUGGCACCGGAGGCGGGAGAUCGCGGAGGACACUGCGCGUCUGAAGGACACCUAUCAGCGACAGGAGACGCAAAAGGAGGAGCUGCUGCAGCAAAAGCUUUUCAUCAAGGCCGCCGAGGCUGAUCCGGCGUUCCGCAAGGCUCUACAAAAGAGAACGGAGCUAAAGGAGUUUGUCCGGCACGCGACGGAUCGUCGUGCCGCGCUUAAGCAAUCCCGUAUGCAGCGUACCUCGAUGGUUGCACACCUGUUAGAUGGCGCCAAGUCCCGUGAGCGGAGCGCGUGCAGGGUGCACGAGGCGAUAGCAAAGAGGCAGGGGCUUAGCGACCACCCCAUGUACCCAAUGCUGCUGGCCCUGCAGCAGGAGAACAAGGAGCUGCGCACGAGGUAUCUGCAGAUGGUCCGGAGCAGCGAGGAGGAGGAUGCCGCCCUUUCAGAAUACCUGGACGUGCUGGAAGAGCGACUGUUGCUGGAGCUGAGGUCGGAAGUUUCCCCUGAUGGGACUGUAUGA